ACCAAUUUUGAUUGAAUUAUGAAGUCAUGAAAAAAGAAACAAGGACCGAACCUUCACGUUUAUUUAAAGUUUGUAAGUUUCCAAAGGUUUUUAAUUUGAUAAGAAAUAUUUAAAUUAAAAACCCCAUACAUUACUAGUAAACAAUGUUUAAAACAAAUUCAAUAGCAUUGUUAGAUUUUGCAUGUUUAGUUAACUUUUUAGUUAAGUUAGUGAAUGUAGAGAGGUCCAUAAAUCCAUGAUUUUUAUUUUAAAGUUUCACCGCUUCUAGUGACAGUAAGGGGUUAGUGUACUGUGGGUGUAAAAAUUAAAACUGAAGAUUUUAGUGCAGUUUGAAUUUGAUUGAGCAAUAAUUUCUUAAACUUAAAUAAAGGCAAAGGCUAUUUUGAAGGCUGAAGGCACUUCACUUUCACACAUCCAGCGACUGGACAACUAGUGCAGCAGAUUUUCAUCCGACGGGCAUGUCAUACAAAAAUUAGCUGAAGCACAAUUUGACAAAUCAUAAAAGGGAAACAAAAAAGUCAGUUUUAGUUCAUAACAAAAAAAAAAUCAUUAAAAAUUACCAAGUCUUCAGAUGUUUUAAGUUUCAUCCACUGAAACGUGAAAUGUUAAACUUAAAACACACAAGACACAAGUUUAUGAUGUAACUGCUCGUGGAGUUGUCAGAGGUGAAGUCAGUGUUUACUGAGCGUUUGGCUCUGAUUGAACGACCUGGCUUCUGCGGGGUCAGACAUGUAUUAGCUGGAAUGGCCGGCACUAGCUCAGUGACCACUUUAUAGAGAAAUGUUAGACAGAGCUUUUCUCGUCUGUCUUUGAGGGAGGGGAUGUCAAAUCUUUAUAAGAGGUCAGUGACGAAGCCAGGAGUGGUGGAUUUGUAGUCACUUGUGAUGAAGUGCUCUGCAUUGCGUUGUAAUCGCUCCAUUUUGUCCAGUCCACGUCUUGCUUUAGGUAUGGGUCCCAGAUUAUCGCACCAUAUUCUAGUAGCGGAUGGACGAAUGCGAGAUAGGCUUUUCGUUUGCAGGAUGCUGGGCAGUGGCUCAGAUUUCUUCGAAUGAGACCAAUUGUGGAGUUGGCUUUUUUUUAAAAAUUUUGUUAAUAGGGGUGACCAAUGACUUUUUAAAAAAUGUUGUUUAUAUGGGUGACCAUUUUAGAUUAUUCAAGAAGAGAGUUCCAAAGGUCUGAUUAUUUAAUACUUGUUGGAGAAUGGUCUUGUUUAGAGAGUACAUAUAGGUUGAUGGUAUUUUCUUGAGAUGCUCUAGUGUAGCAUUUGGUUUCGUUAAAUUUCAUGCCCCAUUUGUCUGCCCAAUUCAUAAGGCACUUCAAAUCCACUUGGAGGUGGUUGUGGUCAUCAUAGCCAUUUAUCUCUCUGUAGACAAGACAGUCAUCUGCAAACAGCCUCACUUGAGAUUUUACAGUAUUUAUUUUGGAAUCAGACAUUUAUCGAACCGUUAGUCUAUUUGUUCAACCCUAUUUGGGACAGUAUCAGAGCAUUAUAUCAAUAAUGGCUAUGUUUCAAGUUGGCUUAAUUCUGUGAUGCCAUGAUACUGUGUUUUUUCUUUUUGUUUUUUUUGUUUCACAAUUCAGAAUGACAUAUAAAAUGCUAAAGUUUCCUAAACUUUGUUGUUGACAAAUACAUGAAUUCAUUUUAGAUUUAUUGCUAAAAUACAAUGUUAUAUUUGAAUCCUUUGCAGCUCAUCAGAUUCUUUGCAUUAAUGGAAUUAACUUUGAAAAUAAAUCAUUAGUGGUAAGUAAAUGUAAUUAACGACAUAACAAAAUAACACAAAUCAGUGGCCUGAAAAACCAAGCAGUCAGUGUAAAUAUUUGUAUAGCUUUUAUUUCACUUAACUUGUGUCUGCUGUUGCAGUGAGUGUGUUUGUGUUGAAAUAGUCAAGUAUAAAAUGAAAGUGACUACCAGAUAAGCUAGAGACUUUAAACUCCAGCUCUUUUUGUUUUUGUUUGUAGGGUUAUGUUGAGCUGACCAUUUGGCCCACUGUGCCUGAUCUGACAGAGAUCAGACUCAACAGCAAACAAUGCAGUAUCCUUUAAGAUGUCGGACUUAGAUUAAUCAAAGUAUAUGUUUAUUUAAAGAUUUUUAUUGAGAAUUUCCUGAUAAAUUUGCUUGUCUGAUCAGCCUUUUAACAUCAAGUCUAUCUUGUCAUCUUUAUUUUAUAACCUUUUCAUUAUUACCUUAACAAAACAGUCGUUUAUCGUGUCAACAUUGACAAACGUUGGGAUGCAGAGUUCAGUUACUUUGACCCAACUCUCAAUAUUUGCCAGGGGAAUCCUGUCAAGUGAGUACACUUCUUUUAAUACUUAUAACUUUAUCUGAUAUUUUAUUUAUCUCGCCCUGCCUCAUUUUCUGUUCCUGUAGUAUACGCCAAAACGUGCCAAAGUGUCCUCAUUAUAUAGCCAUUUUAAUUGUUUCUAUAGUAUAGUAGUUACUAUCCUAGUGUCUCAUUUUUAUUUUACUUAGUUUACAUGUUUUUAAUAAUUGUAAAGCGCUUAGAGCUUUAAGGUAAGCGCUAUAUAAAAAAUGCCUAAAUAAAUAAAUAAAUAAAUAUUGAAGAAUUUUAAAAGCUUAAAAUAAACCGCUUAGGGUGUUUUCACAUUUUUGUCUGGUAAUUAAAAGCUUACUAAGAAAUGAAUGGGGAAUUACUGAGAAAUGAACUGCAAGUGCAUCGAUUGAUAGUAAAUUAACUCUUUUGUCAGGCGCAACAUCGACUACUUCCAAAAAUGUCAGAGAAAUGCCCUUACGGCGGUUGACUCAGACCAAGGCAACGGAGAGUUGAUUAUCACAUUGCCUAAAGAAAUCUUGCCGGCUAUAUCAGGUUGGUUGUUCUCCAAGUAUUCAGCAAGCAACAAACAACACAGUGAUUAGUUAUAAUCUUUAAAAAGGGCAGUUUUGUAUCUAUUGUAUAAAAUACUUAAUAUGCUUGAACACUGAACAUCAGGAAAAAUAUGUUGACCACCUGACUAUAAAAUUCUCUGGAAAGAUUUUUAAAAAAUUUAAUUAUUCUCUAACAUUUUUCACAAAAGACACCUCAAAUUUAAAAUGAUUUUCAACUCCAGCAUUGUCAAGUUUCCAAGUGUGUGUUGAGUUUGGCUUGAAGGAUGCCAAAGGAGGGGUCCAUUUUGUUGUUCCAGACAUGCCAGGCACGAUGGCCGAGAGGAGCGCUCACAUGUUCACAUACUCUGUGGAGAAUUUCUCAAGGUCAGCCAACGUUGUCAUUGUGUUUAAAAUAGAUGCUCGGCUAAAUGCCUGAUUGAAUUUUGAGCUUUGUAAAAAAAUUAAUUAUUACCCCUUAUCCUUUGUCAGAAUGUGGUUUCCCUGUGUGGACUCUUUCUCUGAGCCGUGCACCUGGAAGAUUGAGGUGACAGUGGACCGUGAUAUGACAGCGGUGUCAUGUGGGGACCUCGUCAGCGUUGAAUUUACAGAAGAUGUCUUGGAGAAAACCUACCAUUACUUCCUGUCCAGUCCGGUGGCGGCACCUAAUAUUGCUCUGGCUGUCGGGUAAAUGAUUCAUCCUGAUCACUUUAGUGCUGAAAAGUUGUGAUGCAUUCAUUUGGUAACAUGUUGUCUCCUGCUAUAGUCUAUGCUUAUUCUAUGCUCAAGUCUCUUAAUAGAUAAAUGACAUAUCCACAUCCUGUUCUCUUUCUCCUUAUGACUCUCUGUUAUUUGAAUUUUCAGGCACAAUCACCCUGCUCAUAAUCACUUAACUCCUUAUGCUUCUAAGAAUGAUUGAGCUCGUUUCUGUAUAAUUAUGACUUAUAGGUUUGUGCAUUUUAGUUUUUAAUCUGAUAGAUAGGUUCAUUAUUAUUUAUUGGUUUGUCUUUUUUGUAAAAAGACCGUUCGAGAUCUUGGUGGACCCAAAGAUGCAUGAAGUGACCCACUUUUGUCUGCCCAAGCUCAUGCCAGUCUUGAAACAUACAACCAGCUACAUACAUCAGGUGAGUUCUGUUUGGUAGUCAACCUCAUUUCCAGCUUUCUAUUGGUCAAAUUACUGUAGAUAUAUAAUAUCCCCUUGAAGUUUGAGUAUUUCAUUACCAACUGGUUUUUUGUUUUAUUAUAAUUAAGAGUUAAAUCACUCUUGUGAUCUCAGGCUUUUGAGUUUUAUGAAGAGUUGAUGUCCAGCCGCUACCCGUACUCGUACUACAAGCAAGUGUUUGUUGAUGAAGCCUACUGUGAGGUGGCCACCUAUUCCACCAUGAGCAUUCUGAGGUAUGGCGGACCAUUUGGCUGAUUUAACCAAGCUAUUUUCAAUCACAACACAUCUAAAACUUAAUCAAGGUGCUGUGAUUCCUUCAGUCACAAUACACCUAAAACUUAUGGGGUCAGCUAAUUUAACCAUAUUUAUUGUUGGUCAUAGUUAUUUUUAUGCAUUGUAUCCCUCUACAUGUAUUUAAAUUUUAGCUAUUAUAGUCAAGGUCAUGAAAUCAGAGAGAAUGUGUGUGUUUUGAUUUUUGUGACAAAUGGGGCUUGUGAGCGAGCGUGAACGAUUUUCAUGUCACUAUUGCAUGGAAUUUUGGGGUUAUAAAAGGGGAGGCAACUUUUUGAGUGGGGUGGUAGUAUGUUCUGAGACUUAGAGCGAACUAGGAACUUUGAGUUAGUGUGUGAGAUAGGGCAAGCGACAGCGAGACAUGUCUUUUUUAUAUAGAUUCGCUGCGAGAUGUUUUGCUGAGUAGAACAUUGUGCUACAUAUGGAUUCAUGUCGCAACUUAACUUUGAACCAGAUUAAUGUUGUAAUGUUGUCAGAAAUAAACGCCUUAUGUAUCAUGAAGCUUUAGUGUUGGCUGAAUCAAACUAGUCUGUUGUGUGACAAGGAUUACACCCAUCUCAACAGUCGCCAGAAUCAUAAGACCUUAGACAAGCCCAAAUAUUUGACAUCAACCAGAAUAUUUGAGAAUUAUGCAUUAUAUAUCCUUGCUUUACUGCUAAUUUCUUUUAUCAUGUAAAAAAAAAAUAAACCUGACCUAUUUUCUUCUUUCAGCACCAACCUACUGCACCCUCCAAACAUAAUAGACCAGACCAUGGCCUCGAGACAGCUGAUGGCAACAGCCGUAGCACAGCAAUUCUUUGGAAGCUUCAUCGCGAUGGAGUCCUGGGCAGAUGCCUGGCUGACCAAAGGCAUAACUGGUUAUCUCUCUUAUUUGUUCAGCAAAAGAACCUUCGGGAACAAUGAGUACAGAAACUGGGUCAUGAGGGUAAGUGCGGGAAAGUCAGGAAUGAAAUUUUGUUGUUUUUCUAAAUUUACUGAAAGUUAUCUAGACCAUUGAGAAUAUGAAAACAUUACAAAAAAUAUAUAGCCAUCAACUUAACCUACUGAACGAUAUAUAGACCUAAUGAUAAUAUGAAAGCAUUACAAAAAAAUAUAUAGCCAUCAAUAUUUCAUAAUAUUUAUUGCUUUUCUGUUUGAAUGCUUAACAGAUCUUCAAGCUAUUGUUCAACAUGUAUUCUUUGUUUUUGUAGUAACUACUCUCUUGUUAUUUUGUUAUAGAUAUUUGAAUAUUUAUUACUUGUGUUUGGUAUUGACACACUUUGAUCUUAAACCUAUUAGAUUCAUGAGGAAGUAUUUUUAAUUGCAUUUCUAUUUAAUGAACCUGCUUAAAUUAUUUGUCAUUCUAUUUCCUUUAAGAGUACCCACUGAAAGUACUACUAAAACAGCAUUUCUUUGACAGGACCUGCUCGAAGUCAGUGAGUACGAACAGCAGGUUGGAUACGUGGUGUUGGACCCUGCCAAACGUGACAGCAAUCACCCCUUCUCCAUACAGUCUCCACACACCCUGUCCCCCCGGUACAUUGAAAUCUUCAGCAAGAAGGCUCGGCUGGUCAUGAGGAUGUUGGAAAUUAGAAUAGGAACAGAGCUGCUACUGCAGGUAUAUCAACGAAUGAACAGAUUGCUGUUUGUUAAUAAUACUCAUGUUUAAAUAUGGAAGUAGUCAAACUGUUACAUUACAGUAUAGUAAAUUGGGAUCAGCUGAAAACUGGUAUGUUACCGUGUAAUAGAAUAAGGAUAAUCUGAAAACUGAUACUUUACCAUGUAAUAGAAUUUGGAUCAUCUGGAGACUGGUACUUUACAAUAUAAUAGAAUUUGGAUCAUCAGAAAUAAUUAAAUUACUUUAAUCUUGACUAAUGAAUUCACAUUUAAUCAUUAAUUAGUAAAUCAGAGCUGUGCCGUUAUAUAUUUGCAAGGAAAUCUGUAAAAGGAUAAUAAUAUGAAGCUUGUAUCAUGCAUUUGGCUUGUAUUAUCUCAUUAUUUUGUAAUCUUUUCUUAAUUUGUUGAAACUUUCAGGUACUGAACAAACUUUUGUCCCUGGCCUACAAUGCCAGCCAGCAGUCAUUUGGUUUCAACAGUUGGACCAACAUGUUGGUGUCUACCUCAUCUGUGAGUAAUAAGUAUAGUAAGCGAAGGGGUGGGGGUCUUGGUGCCACUGUGAUAUGUUUGAAAAGUUGGAAGUAUGAAAUAGGGUAGGGAAAAGAAGUAUAUGAAACAAAACAUAAAAUUUUUUUUUAUCUUCAGAUUUUCCCAUAACAGCAUGAGCUGUUUUGAUCACAUGAAUUAACACAUAACACUUUUUACAACAACUUGAAUAGUGACUAUGUCCAUGGGUUCCACCAUCAAUCAGGAAAUGAUCAGUCUGAUGGCAGUGGCUUAAAUAAGCCUUAUUAUAAAUCAUAUUCAGUCUUAUGUCAGUGGUCUUCAUUAGUACUUCUCUACAUUAGAAGCCAAGUGUUCACUGUGAGGCACUCAAUAUUUUGUGUUGAAUAUUUGUCCAUUAUAUUUUCAUGCUUGUCUUGAUGUUAUCAUCUGACAGUUUCUCAAGAUUAUCUACACUGUGACUGGAAAAGACAUAGAGCCAUUUAUUGACCAGUGGGUGUAUCCUUGGAUUACUUCUUUCAAAUGGACAUUGUCAACAUAAUUAUACACAACUGAGUGAAGAAAAAAGGGGUGGGGCUGUCAAAACCAAUCAUUUAAUUACAGGAACAGUGUGCAGAGUCUAAAAAUAGUUCUUAGGGUUGUGUGGAAUAAAAUUAUUUGGUUUAUUUGCUUUUCUUAAGAAAAAGAGUUUUUCUAAGAGCCUAACAAAUGACACAGUGAAGAUAAAUUUAUUGUAAUAAACAUACAACUUGGAACUAGUUAGUAUUAAUUUUUUCCUUAAAAUAUAAUAUUUUUUUUUAUAACCUAACAUCUUAGCUUAAAAUAAUGACUAAUAUAUCUUUAAAAUGAAAUAUCCAACUAAAAAAAAAAGAUUCAUGAAGAUAAUUCUUUUCACAUCUACAAUCACCUCCCUCAAGAAUGGAAAAAUUUAGUUUGGUUUCCUCUCUCCUUAUCUUUUAAUGUUCAAGUCAAUUAACCUAGAAUGAUGAAAUGUUUUCUUAACAACCUGAUCAAGAUACCAGGGAGGGUGUGCUAGGUUCACAGGCAGCUUUGUGUUCAACAGGAAGCGUAAUGUAGUUGAGUUGGAGAUACGACAGGACCUCAACGCACCAGGAGCACUGAAAUAUGUGGUAUGCCAAUUUUAUGCUCUAGUGUCAUAUUAAUGUUAGGCUAAUUGUGUUAAAUCAACUACAAUUCCUUAACUAGGGGAGGACACUCUGAUGUGUAACGGAAUUGUAACUCUUGCAUUUUUUAAUUUCUAUAUAUUCUUCUUCUUCUUCUAUAUCUUAAGGGCCCACGAUCAAUUUAUUGAUCAUUUUGGCUCCUAUGCAUGUAGAUGGGAUUUGCAAUGUUUCUGUUACUGGUGGUGAUGAGGAAAUUAUGCACUAGGGGUUUGAAGGCUUGAGGCAAUAGACACAAAUGUGUCUAGUGUUGUCGCCUCAACUGUUCCUUUUGAAAGAUGGUUCCAGUCCCUGAUUGUCUUGGGCAGGAAUGAGCAGCUCCUAUACUGGCUUCUUGCUGGUAUGAGCCUGAAUUGCCUGUCAUGGCCUCGUCGCUGUCUAUGGGGGAGAGGGACGAGUUUCUGUUUAAUACUGGAACAGUGGACCAGCCCAUUAUUUAUCUUGUACAUCAUGGAGAGCCUGGAUUGUCGUCGUCGUUUCUCCAAUGGUGACCAGCCUAGUGUUUCUAGCAUGCUGCCAACACUAGAGGUAUUCCUGUAGCGGUUUAGGACAAAGCGUGCUGCUCGUCGCUGGACCGCCUCCAACCUGUCAAUGCUCUUCUGGGUAAAUGGGUCCCAGACUGAAGAUGCAUAAUCUAAAAUCGGACGGAUAAAGGCUUUAUAUGCUCUUUCUUUCACACAGGAGUUGCCAAUCUUUAGAUUUCGCCUUAAGAACCCCAAGGCUUGGUUUGCUUGGUUACAUACAUUGUUAAUAUGCUCGUCCCAGCGGACCUCUCUUUGAAUGGUAACACCCAGGUACUUUACGGAGGAAACUUGCUCAAGAAUAUGGCCGUGCAGUUUGUAUUGGUAGUGUAGAGGAAAAUUAAAGACAAAUUCAAUCCUGUAACAUUCAACUCCAAGGAAUAUUAAUGAUCCUUGAGAAAAAUAGACAUGUUUGCACUUCCUUCUUACAUAUUACAGUUAUAAGACAUAUUGUACCAACAUGCAUAAUAAUACUGAAAGAUAAAUGUUCAGCUCCUCUCAUGUCACGAUUCCAUUUAUUUUGUUAAGAGUGCCCUGAAUGCAGGGGUGCCACUUUUCAGGAUUAUCCCGGACUUCCGGUUAAGUGAGGCUAAAUAUUUGUCAGCUCUGGAUUCGCCAAUUCAGUUUAUUCAAAUACGGAUUCUGGGUUUUAAAAAAAAAAAUCAGUAUGUAAGAGCGCGCGAAAGCCUAUUCAGCGAGAAGCGGGUUGGCUAUAAAUAGAACAUGUUUUGUGACCUCUUGCUUUUGUUUGUAAGCCUCUGGCUUUCAUUUGCAAGCCCCUUGCUUCUUGUUGUGUCAAGUUACUUUCCACAGUGGAGGAAUUUUAUGAGUUUUCUAAGGUUUCAGGGUUUGAAAAAUUUGUAAAUGAAGUUUCAGGUUUCAAGAAAUUUUUCGAAAGGGAUUUCAGGGUUUACAGGUUUUAGUGAGUGGCACCCAUGCCCGAAUGUAACAACCCAAGAGCUGUCCUUUCAUGCCAUUAUUCCAUUUAAUUUGUUAAGGGUGCCCUGAAUGUUACAACCCAAGAGCUGUCCUUUCAUGCCAUUAUUCCAUUUAAUUUGUUAAGGGUGCCCUGAAUGUUACAAUCCAAGAGCUGGAUGGAUCAUUCAACCACCAGUUUAAGAUUGAGGAGAACAAGACCAAGUUUGAGAUUACGUGUCACUCCAAGAGUAGAAGGUUAGUGAGAAUCUUGAGUUAGGAUUUCUGUCAUUUAUGCUAAGUUUUAUGAUUAUCAGCAUUUUUGGGAGAAUUUGACCAAUACAGAAUGAAAUUUCAUAUGAUAAGUAAGUCUAGGUUUAUGAGAAUAUACAUUUUAUAAAAUAAAUUUUUAGGGAAUAAUAUGAAGAUUGAAAAUUAAUUACAAUAUUCCCAUGGAAAGUGGCUAGUAAUGUACAAUACAUGUACCUAGAGAAACAUUUUCUUGCAAGCUCUUUGAUGCUGGGAUUUGCAGGGGCACACAAUUUGCAUAUCAUACAACUGUUACUGUUCAAAAAAACAAUUUUUACCAACCUGUCAAACAUAAGAUUAAAUAGGAAAAUGUUCUCUGAAUUUUAUUUCUUACAGAAACAAGAAAAAGAAAAUACCUCUCAUGACAGGAGAGGAAGUCGACAUGGACUUGAGUGCAAUGGAGUGAGUACUUUUUCCCCCUCUAUAUUGUACUGAGUACUUUUUUUAAAAUCACAGAUUAUGAUGUAUAUGUUUUACUCAUUGUUUUACUAAAUUUUGUAUGCAAUUUUUUUUCUGAAUAAAUUGUACUGAGUACCUUUUCUCUUUUUCUUUUUUUAUGAAAUUUAACACCCCACCCCUCUAAAAAAAAUUGAUCUUAAAUAAACCCCACAGCCUAACCCAUAAGCUAACCACACUGACAACAUAAGUUAAUUAUUAGAUAUUAAUGUUUAAAAUAAAGACCUCACAGAUUUAAAAUCUGGAUUACUGCUUGUGAAGUUAUGUUUAAGAAUCUCUUGGAUGUUCAGGGACAUGGUUUAAAGUCUGCCACCUAUAUCCUCUUGCAGUGCCGACUCACCAGUGUUGUGGCUACGUUUGGACCCUGACAUGCAUCUUUUGAGGACUGUCAGCUUCGAGCAGCCAGAUUACAUGUGGCAGUACCAGCUGAGGUUUGAGAGGUGCAUUGUGGCCCAGUUUGAGGUAACUCAAGUACUUGAAUCUUGACAAGUAAAAUGUUGUCAGUACCGACUUCUGUAAGUCCAGGCUACCUGGCCUCUGUAAAUCUAGUCUGCUGGCUUCUGUAAGUCCAGGCUACCUGGCCUCUGUAAAUCUAGGCUGCUGACUUCUGUAAGUCCAGGCUACCGGCUUCUGUAAACCUUUAUUAAUUAUAUAUUUGCUUUUUUGUAUGGGAUCUAAGUAUUAUUAAUGUCUAUGGAGAUUAUUUCCUCUUAGCAUUUUUUAUGUCUAUUAGAUAAUGAGCAAUGAAUAUAUGUACUAACUAAUCUAUUCUGCCAUUCCAUCAGGCCAUUGAAGCUCUGGGCAGAUUUCCUACCCCAUCGUCACGUUACGCUCUCACAGACACUAUAGAGAAUGAAGAGUGCUACUACAGGGUUCGACAAGAUGCCUGCUACUGCCUGGCAAAAGUAGGUGCUUACUAGACUAGGAACUUUGUUCUAUUUCUCUAAAGUAUGUGCUUGCCAGACUAGGAACUUCAUUAUGCUUUGAUCUGUGAUUCCUUCGGUCACAAAGCACUAAAACUUACUACAAGUGCUGUAAUUCCAUGGCAGUCAGGUUCGGUAAAAGGAAAUGAGCGAAAACAAAGUUUGGGAAAACCUGAAAAAAGAACGCAACAAAACAAAGAACCUGUCAUUAAGAAGCCUUCUUCAGCGAACAAACAACAGUGAAAACAAUAUCAAAUAAAAAUAAAUACUUAGCUGCAUUGUAGACACUUGCAAUGUUGCGUCUUUUUGUCAGGUUUUCCCAAACUUUGUUUUGCUCAUUUCCUUUGCCGUGAUUCCAUCAAUGGCAAUUCAUCUAAUUCGUGCUAAAAAGUUUGACUAACCUUGUUUUUGCAGAUUGCCAAUUUGAUGGUGGGGACCUGGACAGGCCCACCGGCCAUGAUCGCCAUUUUCCGUAAAAUGUUUGGUUCUCACUCCUGCCCUGCCAUUGUCAGACAGAACAACUUUUCUAACUUCCAUCACUAUUACCUGCUGAAGGUAAGCACAACUAUCAUUAUUACCUGCCACAGGUAAGCCCAACUGUCAUCAUUAUUCUUGUUUUCUUUUGUUUGCUAAAGAAGGCAUUUAACCCAAAAAUCCUUUUAAUUGUUCUGUUUAUUUUUUCAAACCUAAAUAUAUCUUUAUAUAUUUAUAUAAUAUUUAUUUACUUCACACUGCUUGAACAAAGUCCCUCAUAUAUUAUGAUUUGUCUAUCAGUUAUGUAGAAUUCAAUUACAAGUUAUUAAAGUAAUUAAUCAAUUACUAUAUCUUAAAUAUCAUUGAUAUAUCAAUUACUUCAUACAUUUCUAUACUAUAUUUAUAUACCAUACUUCAUAAACUAAUAUCAUUUAUAUAACUGUAUAAUUAGUUGCAAUCUGAAUGACUUAGUACACUACUGUCCACCUCAGACUAUGCCCCAGGCCAUGGCCAGACUGAGGGACAUUCACAACCUGUGUCUCAAUGAGAUCACUAAAUUCCUCCUGGACCUCUUCAAAUACAAUGACAACUCCAGGAACAAGGUGGGUCACCUGCUUACUAAAACAUAGGUUGAUGCCUAUCCAUCCAUGGAUGGUCUGCUGAUUAAAACAUAGGUUGAUGCCUAUCCAUCCAUGGAUGAUUUCAAAUUAUUGCCGAAAUAAGUCAUGUUUUAAAGGAUUCUUAAAAAAAAAAUCGUUUUGUUAUUAUAAAUAUUGUGUGUCCAUUUAUCCUCUAUAAACAUAAGAGCUAGAAGUGUUGAUUUUUUUUUUACCUUUUGAUGGGAGUCUCCACUGAAGUAUUUUAAAAAAAAAUAAUUAUUUGCUACUUCAAUGAAAUUUUGCCUAUGACACAUACACUUUUGACCUAUUCCUCAACAUAAAAAAAAAAAAAAAUGGUUUUUUUAUGAGGCACAUGUUAUAUGAUCAAAAAUAUAUAUCAUCUGGCAAAAUUUUUUUUUUUAACUUUUGAUGGGAGUCUCCACUGAAGUAUUUUAAAAAAAAAUAAUUAUUUGUUACUUCAAUGAAAUUUUGCCUAUGACACAUACACUUUUGACCUAUUCCUCAACAUAAAAAAAAAAAAAAAUGGUGUUCUUAUGAGGCACAUGUUAUAUGAUCAAAAAUAUAUGUCAUCUGGCAAAAUUGUUGUAGCUCAUUGUUCAUAAUACAUUUUUAAAAAAAAGUACUCUUAUGAAGGCAAAUGAUUUUUGUAUACUUUCAGUGGUCAGACAAUUACUACAGAGCUGCGUUAGUCGAGGCACUAUCUGCCAGCAUUACACCAGCAGUGACCAAUGUAUCACUCAUCACAGGGUAUGUGAGCUUUGUAUGUGACAGACAGCAGUCUGUAACACAAGCCCUAAGUUCUUUGAAAAUAUUGAAUUUAGUUAGAUUAUAAGCAAAGCAAUAGGGGUGUGCCGGAUCCGGAUUUCCUUAUGCAAAAAAACUCCGGAUUCGGAUUCCGGAAUAAUCCGGAUUCCGGAAUAAUCCGGAUUUUGGUACUAUUGGUAGAUACUUCGGUAAGUCAAGAUAGACUACUACUUUUUGUGUAUGGGAAUUCGCAAUCGGCGCCAAAAAAUCCGAGUUUUUAAUUUUCCGAUGUGUGUGUCUAUUUAUUAUUAAAUUAGUACUUUCGAUAUAUAUUUGAGUUCCGUUCCAUUUGGAUAAGUGUCUUACAAGAGACGCCAUGUUUCUACGCGUUCGCAGCAGGUCAUGCAGCUCGCUCAACCUAAUUUCGCCAUGGGGUUGGCCACGCUCCCCUUUUUAAUGGCGGAAGUUGCAGAUACUUAGGAAAUAUUAAUUUAUUAUCACUAUUUACAUCAAAAUAAUUGAUAACUUGUGUUUCAGAAUGCAUUUUAAAGACAUUUAAACUGGAAUGUUUUAAUUUGAGCUUUAACAACCCGGUAGAAUCCAUAUUAUAAAUGAUCAGAAUUUACCGUGUGCAACACGUUGUCAUUGGCAACCAUUCACAGCCACUUGCAUAACUGUAUCGUAGUACUACCUCAGAGUUUCAUUCAUAAGAGUUUGCCGUGUGCAAAAACUAUUAAACCAUUGGUCAGGGAAAGCUUUAAUUAAUUAUUCAUGUGCCAAAGUUGAAAGUUUAAACUAAGUCUAAACAGUAUUUUAGUGAUAAGGCAGGGAAUGCGUUGCCUUAUAUAAACUAUAUAGUCAUUGCGCAUGACGGGAUUGGCGGAAUGAGAUCACAGAAUGUGGAGAUGCAGUCCAUGUUAAAAAAUGACAAACCAAGUCGUACUUUAAAAAUUCAUAACUUUAAAACUACAACAGCUAAAAAUAUGAUUUUGGUGUUAUAAUUCUUUAAAAAAUUACCUCUUUUCAACUAUGCCAUUGGUUUAUUUUUACAAAAAGUUUAAAUUUUCUUAUCAAAGUCCCUACACUAUUGGCCACUAUUAGCGGUGCUGACUCUAGCCUCUGGUAUGUUCGGAAUAUUAAACAUUAAACAAGCUCAACACUCGAAACAAUCUAUUAAUGUAUCGUGAUCGUGUGGAAUUCGGGAAAGAGAAUUACUUUUAUUUCAGAUUAUGAUCCGGUGAGUCACAAAAUCUGGCAAAUUCCGAAAUCCGGUAUAUUCCGGAUUCCGGUUGUUCCGGAUACAUGUAAAUCCGGCGGAACCGGAUUUCACCGGAUAGUGUAAAAUCCGGCGGAACCGGAUUCCGGCACACCCCUACAAAGCAACAACUUUUUUUCCCUUUGUUUCAAAUUCCUUUUAAGUUAAACAAAGAUUCAAACAUUAAAAAAAAAAAAUUCUUUAUAUUAACUUCGCUUUUGUUAGUGGCUGAUCGGCAAAAUCUUCGGACGGCUAAUUGACCCACUUGGCUAAUUUGCCAUAUCUAGUACUUAGCUAUAUGCUCAUCUUGUUUCUAAGGGUCUUUCUUAACUGUAAGGGAAUACAACCAGUAUUAUACCGAUUCAUUUGGCGUGGCUUAAAUGUAGACCAAAUGUGCGCUGCAGACGUUGGUCUGGCAUCUUAUUAUUCUAACAACUUGUCACCCAUCCUGGAAGGUGGUACGCUGACAAGGCCAGGUCAGAGGGAUAUAUAAACAAAACUGUCCCAACCCUCAAAAGUCAUUUUUUUCUGUUUUUCAAGGGGAAGAUGAAGGAAAUAUGAUGACACUGAUUUCACACAAUGAAAUUCCCAAUAACUGCGCUAAAUGAGAUCUUUAAAAAAAAUAUUGCAAGUCCAUUUGGUGCAUUUAAAAUAUUUUUUUCUGAAAUAGUUGUUGCAAAAAAUCUGCUGGGUAAAAGCGGGUGGUUCAUUAGAAUAAUGUUAUUGUUCAGGGGCUUUAAAAAAAAUGUGCGGUUGUGAGCUGGGGAGGGGAGGGGGGGGAGCAUUAAUUGGGAUUCUUACAAAGUGCCUUACUUGCAUGCAUGUUUUGUCAAAUUUUCAGCCCCACCCCCCAUUGCUCAAUAUUCCAUUUUAUCAAGGAUUAAUAGGAAAAACUUUGUUUUUAGAGGUUCUUUAAUUUGAAUUUGCUCGUCCAAUGAUGUCUGGUAUUUCUUCUGUCCCAUCCAAUAAUGUCUGAUAUUUCUUCAGUCCCAUCCAAUAAUGUCUGGUAUUUCUUCUGUCCCAUCCAAUAAUGUCUGGUAUUUCUUCUGUCCCAUCCAAUGAUGUCUGGUAUUUCUUCUGUCCCAUCCAAUAAUGUCUGAUAUUUCUUCAGUCCCAUCCAAUAAUGUCUGGUAUUUCUUCUGUCCCAUCCAAUAAUGUCUGAUAUUUCUUCUGUCCCAUCCAAUAAUGUCUGAUAUUUCUUCUGUCCCAUCCAAUAAUGUCUGAUAUUUCUUCUGUCCCAUCCAAUAAUGUCUGGUAUUUCUUCUGUCCCAUCCAAUAAUGUCUGGUAUUUCUUCAGUCCCAUCCAAUAAUGUCUGAUAUUUCUUCUGUCCCAUCCAAUAAUGUCUGGUAUUUCUUCUGUCCCAUCCAAUAAUGUCUGGUAUUUCUUCAGUCCCAUCCAAUAAUGUCUGGUAUUUCUUCAGUCCCAUCCAAUAAUGUCUGGUAUUUCUUCUGUCCCAUCCAAUAAUAUCUGGUAUUUCUUCUGUCCCAUCCCAAACCAGGCAAGUGGUUACUGCGGCAACAUUAUCAGAAAACAUGAAACUUGUGGUGGAGGAGGUGGUCAGAUGUCUCAACAUAGAGAAACUGAUGCCUUGCUACAAGUACAACGUCACUGUCAGGUACUGAAAGCAUUGGGUUCAUUCAUCUGUCAUAUUUAGAAGUAAGCAUAGAGAAACUGAUGCCUUGCUACAAGUACAACGUCACUGUCAGGUACUGAAAGCAUGGGGUUCAUUCAUCUGUCAUAUUUAGAAGUAAGCAUAGAGAAACUGAUGCCUUGCUACAAGUACAACGUCACUGUCAGGUACUGAAAGCAUUGGGUUCAUUCAUCUGUCAUAUUUAGAAGUCAGCAUAGAGAAACUGAUGCCUUGCUACAAGACAUAGACAAAUUGAUGCCUUUUAGGUUGUGUAAACCAGAAGUCAGCAAUCUACAGUACCUGUGACAGGCCAGGCGUGACACAGAUAAGGGUUUUCAAAGGCAGAAGACAAAAUAUCUAAUGAAAAAUGACGUAAAAAAUAUUGUAGAGUUGAUGGACAUAAAGAAUGUUGUCAUCUGAAUGCAUUGGAAAUCCUACUUUGACACAAUGUUACCAAAAGGUAACUGACCCAUCCUAUAAACAUUGGAUUCAUUUGUAGUCUGUUAUACUUAGAUUUUGAAAAAAUAAUAUUUCCUACGGGUUCAGCCAUUAGUUGCUAUUUUAAUUAGUUUAUGUCUGGACUGUAAGAUAAUCUCAGGUUAUCCAGAAACACAUACUUUACCGUCUGGCCUUUGGGAUUAUCCAAGAUAAUCAAGAGACACAUAAUUUAAGUGUCAAGAAAUGGCUUGACACCAUUGAUACUUUCUUUUAAUGCCAUUUUAUUUUGCAUUCAAAUCCUCAGCUGUUUGUACACAAUCAGAACGUUACAGAAGUUGGGGCACUUGCCCAUUGAGUCGGAUGUCUUCAAGGACUACGCACAGAGGGGCAUCUUUCGUGACGUGAGGGUGGCCGCCAUCACCUGUCUGGUGGACUUUAUCAGAGGUGAAGUCAGCUUCCCAUGUACAGUGGGGUGUAAGGAAUGGGGGAGGGGGAAGGGGGAUCAUGUAAUAUUUUGUGCACCCUCCACCCCGAGGAGUCUGCCCCUCAAUUAUUUGAUUCAUUGUUUUUAUCAUCUUGUUAAUCUAUUUAGGGGAUGUAACCGGUGAACAUCUUCAGUGGGUGCUGGAUUACAUAGAGAAAGAACAAGAUCCCUACCUCAAGUAUGUUGGAACCACUUUACAUAUGUUACCUAUUAUAUUAUCAUCUACUACACUGACCAGAGGUCCCCAUUCCAUCACAUGGGGUGCAUGCUGGUCUUUCAGUUGUUGAAUGCUACCACUGAUAGGGUGCAUGCAGGUCUUUCAGUUGUUGAAUGCUACCGUUGAUAGAGUGCAUGCAGGUCUUUCAGUUGUUGAAUGCUACCAUUGAGAAGUAGCCUUAACCCAUUGACAAUUUACUUGGAUUCAUUUUGGAAUGCAGCAUCUUAGAUUAAUGAAAUGUUUUAAUAAGACUCUUGACUUUCAAUAUUGGAUACCUCUGGUGUACAUGAAUGAUACCUCUGGUGUACAUGAAUGACACCUCUGGUGUACAUGAAUGACACCUCUGGUGUACAUGAUUGAUACCUCUGGUGUACCUGAAUGAUAUGUCUGGUGUACAUGAAUGAUACCUCUGGGGUACAUGAAUGAUACCUCUGGUGUACAUGAUUGAUACCUCUGGUGUACAUGAAUGAUACCUCUGGUGUACAUGAAUGAUACCUCUGGUGUACAUGAAUGAUACCUCUGGUGUACAUGAAUGAUACCUCUGGUGUAAAUGAAGGUUCCUAAUUACUUUAGAUGAACAGAGAAAAUAAAAAGUGAUGACACAAACAUUUACUAGUUAUAUCUUGAAGUGUGACAAACAAAAAAGGAAUAUUGAUAGUUCCCCUGUCCAAUAUUAAACCAUUCACCAAAACAGUGAAGCAUUUUAUUAUUGUAGCUGAAAGAGAUUUCUGCCAGCAGGUCACACAUAUGUUGGCAUAAAUAGCAAUUUUAAAAAAGGAUUGAGUUAUUGACCAGAAACGGCAUUGCUGGUUUAGGCAUUGGUCAGAUAUGACAUGGCUGUGUUAACGGUCAUCAACAGCCAGGCCAAGCUGUUUGAAUCAACCUUGUUUCUCUGUAUCGCAGACACCACACAGUAACUUGCCUGACCCAGAAUCCACCAUUCCGACGCUCAGAGAGAUCGGCACUAAAUAUUGAACCACUGGUGGAGAGGCUGUGGGAUAUGAUGUGGUAAGUAAGCUUGUCUGCAUUAUCAUGUGACCAGUUAUGGGAUAUGAUGUGGUAAGUAAGCUUGUCUGAAUUAUCAUGUGACCAGGUAUGGGAUAUGAUGUGGUAAGUAAGCUUGUCUGAAUUAUCAUGUGUCCAGUUAUGGGAUAUGAUGUGGUAAGUAAGCUUGUCUGAAUUAUCAUGUGUCCAGUUAUGGGAUAUGAUGUGGUAAGUUAGCUUGUCUAAAUUAUCAUGUAUCCAGUUAUGGGAUAUGAUGUGGUAAGUAAGCUUGUCUGAAUUAUCAUGUAUCCAGUUAUGCAUUUUCAUUUCUGACUAGUUCAAUGACAAGUUGAAUCUGUGUGUUAUGCUGUCUUAGCAAGCCUUAGCCAAGCCUGCUUGUUAGUAUUUUGAGCUUAUUCAGCAAGUCCUAGCCUCCGCUGUGUUGAUAAAAAUGGUCACGCUCUUCAUCUGACAUCUCUUGUUUGGAUCAUACAAUAUAUUAAGAGAUUUAGAAAAGUUUAACUAUUUCUUCCACAGCCACGCCUCCUAUGAUAGCCGCCUCCGGUGCGGACUUGCUGACCUGUACUUUACACUCUAUGGACGUCAGCGUCCGACAUGUUUACCAGUGCCUGAAGUAAGUAUUACUUUUUUUUUACCGAGGUCCAGCUAAAGAAAUGAUGCUUUUUAUUAUGUUUUUCUUCAAUUUACCAACAAAGACACAUUCAAGCCCAGAAGUUGUAUGUGUGGAUACUUUCAAAUCAACUAUGGCAAAGGUUUUGUUUACCCGUGUUGAGUAGUAAAUGUCUGUGGUAAGAUGGAAAUAACCAUAGCCAGUAAAUCUGCCAAGCUUAACACUUUCUAGUCCAUGAACAACAUCUUCACUUCAACAUUCAAAUCUCUUAGUGGUUGGGAGAAUUUUCUCAACCAUCAGAACUUUGUGUAUUGAUAUGUUACAGAUCGACAGUUGGAAAUGUUUCAGUUAACUAUGUUUAGUGGUGGUCAUUUUCUCUGUUACUAUCUUGCAGUUAAAAAAAAAAUAAAACUAUUUUUACCUGAAGCCAAUGCUCUGUCUCUUCCUCACACAGACAACCAAACUGAUGCAGAAAGAGAAGAAACCAAAGGCUGAAGUAAGUAAGGCAAACCUCUCUGUUGUUUCUUUAUUUGAUAACCUAUGGGCAUUGAAUGACGGCUCAGACAUGGAUGUGACUAACUGUAGUAACAUCUUUGGUUGGUCUCCAUAGGGUACUUCCCUCAAAGACAUCCAAGUGCAAGUAAGGAGAGGGCUGAAGUAGAAAUUAGGUUUAGAUUAGGGUAUUAAUCCCCAGACAGUCACAAUAUGUGAUCUUUGUCUAAUGACUGCACCAUCCAGGCAUGCCAUAUGGGUUUUGUCACAUUAAAAAGAAGGUAUUAAAAAUGAAACCAGUAUACUCCCAUUGACUCUCCACCCUCCACCCCGCAUUUCUCAGUCAGACCUCUGCUAGUAAUAGCUCUAAGAUUAGCUCCCUGUCACAGUUGAAUGUCUGAGUAACCCCCCUUUUAUCAUCAGACUCAUAGUGUGUUUAGCAGCACUGCUUGAGAAUUUCCUCCACACAAUUAAGUUGGAAAGAGAACCCACUCAUCACCUGUUGGUAUUGAUGAUUUCCAUUUUUAUGUCCAGAUAACAGCCGAUGACCUCAGUGUGUCCGAGCCUUCCCAGGGGAGCCUAGUAGUGUGGAACCCAGAGUUGUCCAGCAUAUUUGCCUCCCCUGUGCAUGAAACCACCAUAUCAGAGAGUCUUCCACCUUCCACGGUUAAGAUCAAUCUGGAUAUGGAUGUCAUGGAUGAUGUGAGUACAGUAUAUGUAUUGUAUAAAUGCUGUGCUUAAUUCAGGGGGUAACAGGAUGACAUCCUUCACUUAUUGUUUAGAAAGUUUAAAAGUGGCAGAGUUGUCUAAACUUGGUCAACUCGAAGGUUGUAGAUGGAGUUCAAACCCCAGCAAAAACCUUGAACGUCAAAAAAAACAACAGCGUCCCGAGUGGAUGAAACUCGUUAACCCUGGACGGCAACUCAUCUAAGAGAAGGCAAACUCUGAAAUCAAACCUUGAGAUUGAGACCCCCUAUGCCAUAUGACAUUGACACGAUGAAAAUUCAGACAGAUCCUGCAACUUGGAAUGCAUAAAGAGCACAGCGAGACACGGAAAACGCUGCUGGUCAUCUUUUUGCAUCCUGAUCUAUUUCCGGUCAUCUUGACUAAGCCUUGCCAUUGGAUGAAAAAGAGAAGGACGAGAGAGAGUGAGGCAGCUGUGUUGAGAAACUCUCCCUCAGUUGAAACCAAAUUCGGCUGAUGUCAAAGCUACUACUCAAGUUGAAUAAUGCCUUGGUCGUUUUCAUGUGCAAAGGACGAAUAAUAAUAAAAAGAAAUUUAAAAAUGCACCAAGAGAUAAAAGAAACUAUUUCAAUAGACAUAACAUCAGUAUUUUUAAAUUGGUCUUUUCUGAUAGGAUCUGUAAUCUUAAGUAUGUCUCUUCAACAUUCUAAAUAGCAUCAUUAUUUUGUGUGGCAAUUGUUUGCAUCAGAGAUUCAACCUAUAUAACUAUAUAGCUAACUUAGAUGGUGGGUUAUUUAAGGGGCAUAACCAAUAUAUUCAAGGGACUUUUAAAAAUAACUUGUUUGGUGGUCAUUUAACCCACGAACUGCGGUCGGCCGAAAAAAUCGGCUUACAUUCUCAUUCUGUACUGUGGCGGGUUUAAAAAUACGGUGCGUUAGCAACUUCCAAUCUUUAACCGGAAUUAUAGCCACUUCCUUUUAUUAAUAAUUAAAUCAUCUUCCGGUUCAAGCUGUUUCGUGAAAACUUAAAAAUAAAUACUUUUUAAUCGGAGUUUUAUAUCGCUGGUUUUUUUUAAAGCUAAAAUGGUUGAAGCUAUGGCCCUAACCAUGAUGGUAUCUCAGACAUUGCAGUUACUGGUAUACUCUAUACUAGUAACACUGCAGAUAGAAUCUAUAUGGAGAACAAAUCAAUAACUAGAUUUGGUACGUUGUCUCCAUAUGGAAUGAACCAAAUCCACAAUUUUACUUAGCUGCCAUGUCGUUUUCCGGUUUGGUUUUUACAAUUAUGUUAAAAGCACUUCCUUUCUAUUCCUCUUUACUUUGUUUUUGUCUGGUUUUAGCGCCCUCUCCUAUAUUUUUUCUGUUUUAGGUAGGAUAUGUAUAUUGAUAUUAUGUAAAUUUAAUUUAUACUUAUUUAAAUUUGUUUUGUUUUGUUUGUACUGAUGAAGGCAUGUGCCGAAACAUUAAAUUGUGUAUGAUGUAUAAUUAUUAUUAAAGCGUAACUUAUAUUGUUAGAUUGACACAAUUUGUUUGUGUCUUAUUAAUCUAUUUUAAAGCUUUAUCGCAGUCCAACACUUUUUAUAAUUAGUUAACUAAGCUAUGGCUGGGCCUUCAGUGCAAGAACUAAUAGAACUAUGUUUGAAAGCUUUUUAGGAGAGGUUUUAAGUGAUACUGAUGAUGAUUUUAACAUUGGCCAUGACGAUAUCAGUUGAGAUUAUUCUUCUAGUGAAUUUUAUACUAGUCUUAGUGAUACUAAAGUAGGCCUACUGAGGCUACUGUUAGACUUCGAGUCAGGCCUGGAGGUUGGGCAAGGACUGACUGAAUUUUAAUCAUAGAAGCUACAGAUUAUAGUUCAGAACUAAUAAAUUUUAUAGUUAAACAACCCAAAUCAGUUCCACAGUUUCUUUUUAAAUGUUUACUAGUCAAUAAUAACUAUUUUGUCUGAGAUUUUUUAUUUUGUACUUGGUUUUAGCAGUGGUUCCAGUUUCUUAUAUAAAUGGCCUAAAAUUAUUAAAAUUGCUUUCAGAGGUUAAAUUGCAAUCAAAACCUUAGCAAACAAUAUAUUUUCUGAAAGAUAAAUGAAUUGGCUACAGCAUUUAGAUUUGUGUUUUAAGUUUAUCUAUAAAAAUUAAUGAUGUUAUGAGCACUUGAAAACAAGACAUUUCGUACAUAUUUUUUUUCUUGAGAACUCCAAGGUCAAGGACUCUGAGCAAAAUUUUUUUUUACAGGGUGGACAAUAUGGUCAACGUUAUCCCCAUCCAUUUACCUUUCUAAAAAUAUAUACUUAUAGGGGUCUUGUAUCAAUAUUUCUAUGUCAUUUAAUGCAAGUUCAAAUGGCACUCAAAACACUCUGAAAAGCUCCACACCACAGAAUGAUGCAUGCCACAGUUCGUGGGUUAAUGGGCCUAAUCUAUACCAUUAUGUGGUGGUUUAUACAAAAGACGGUAUAGAUAUUGUAAGUGUGCGUCUGAGUUCUAUGUUGAAUACUUUGGCAAUAGGCUAUCAUAAGAGUAUGGUUACACAAUUUUUAUCCAUAAGAAAAAUUCUUCAGCACUGGGUUGUAGACUUUUAAUUGCCUCUCCUAAUUCAUUUGAGAUGGACAAUGAAGACUAACUGUAUUUCAACACUUUACUUUAUGCUGUUUUGAUUGGUUUCUUUCCAUAAAUUCUUUUACAUGUUCAUACAUCGUAGUCACAACAAAGUGAAUACAAGUCCCUUUUCCAAGGGCAAUGUAAACUUUAAUUCAGAAACAUAUCUGUCAAGCUUUACAGUGAAUCAAACACAGUAUAACACAACUCGAUAUGAGUAGAAGUACAACCUUUUUCAACAAAGUUCUCUCAUCGACUGCCAAAGGAAUAGCAGGUACACUCAAGACAGACUAUAGACACCAAGUAAUGGCUACAAUAAAAUACAGCACAAGCCCAUUGGCAGGAAAAGCAUUAUCUAUACUAUCCCACAGGACACACUGCGCAAUACUAAACACAAUAUUCGGUGCGCAACAAUUAAUAGUGAAUACCUUUGCUGGACACCUGCUAUUUGCAACACUUUAAUUUUAACCUAUUAUUUUUCAAUCCAGAGUUCAGACAGAUUCCCCGUAGAUUUGACCAUGAUCUCAGGGGAGCAAACUGUUGCCAUGGAGGAAUCUGUGACGACAGAGCCAGCACAAGAUGAUUCAGAUGUGGAGAUAAAGGUGAGCGGAAUGUUUGGUCAUCAAGCAGUGGGGUAUUUAAUGUUUGGUCAUCAAGAAUUGGGGUAUUUAAUGUUUGGUCACCAAGAAUUGGGGUAUUUAAUGUUUGGUCACCAAGAAUUGGGGUAUUUAAUGUUUGGUCACCAAGAAUUGGGGUAUUUAAUGUUUGGUCUUCAAGAAUUGGGGCAUCUUAUAUUUGGCCAUCUUGAGUUGCGACAUUAUAUAUUUUGCCAUCUAGAGUUGGGUGCAUUUAAUAUAUGGCCAUCUAGAGUUGGGGCAUUAUAAAUUUGGCUAUCUAGAGUUGGGGAAAUAAAUAUUACGCUAACUAGAGUUGGGACAUUUAAAAUUUGGCCAUCCAGAGUUGGGAAUUUUAAUUUUGCCAACAAGGAACUUCUGAUUGUCACAGAUCCAUAUUCAUACGUUCAUACAUCCUAAUCCCACCAAAGUGAACACAGGUCUUUUUCUAUUAGCAAUGUCAACUUUAAGCCAGAACAUGUACAAUGAAUCAAAGAAUCAAACACAUGUAUAAUACAGCUUGCUAUAAGAAGAAGAAAAAUCACAACCUUUCACUGCCGAGUUCUUUAAACAGAAAUGCAUGUAGCCAAAGGCAGUGUACACUAUGUCAUAAUUACAAUAAAUAUACUCACCAACUUAAUGACUGGAAAAACUUUCAUUAAGUCAACUAACUUUCAAAACAAACACACAGCACAAUGAAACACAAUAUUUGGUGCACAACAAUUACUAGUGAAUACCCAUACUUGACAAUGGUUAAUCAGAACAUAUACUUCAAUCAUAGUGUGAAAUGUUUAUUUUUCCUAGCCAAAGAUUGAGCUGUUCACUGAUGUCAACAAGACAUCUUUCCAGAUUGAUCUGUCACAGGGUUUGUCACGAUAUGACAGUGUCCCCCGUUCACUGUCACGAAAAGACAGUAUCAGUCACCUAAGUGAAGAAUCACUCUCUCCUGUCCAGUCUCCACCAAGCAAAGGUUUGUGAAAGAUGCCACCAUAGUGUUGUCACCUGCACCAAUAACCAUCUUGUGUCUUGUGCAUCGUACCAUUAGCUUUAAAAUGUAUGUGAUAGUAAAUAAAGUUUAAUUAGUUAUGCAACAAACAAAGGCCAUACAUUUUUUUUGGAUGCUCUCAGGUCACCCAGAUGAUGUGAUUGUCUCCCUCGAUAACAUCAUCAAAACUGACCCGACGAUACCCAUGAGCAUCUUCCCGUCUUCUCCGCCCCGCUGGAGUGAUGUGCAAGUGAAACAUGAAACCUCAUCGUCCCAAGCAUCCUCUGCCCACAAAAGUCCAAGCCCCACACGAUCCUCCCCGCCAGCUUCUCCCCCGAGCUCUCCGGGGUACAUCAUAGAAGAUGAAAAGUCUGAUCCCAGGGAGAUUCAUGGAUCCAAGGAAAUCAAAGAAGAAAUCAUUUCUCAAAGUGUUCAGGACCAUGGCCCUGUUAAUGACAGUGUUCAGGAUUAUGGAUCUGUUAGUGACAGUUUUCAGGACUAUGGCCCUGUCAAAGAUGGUGUUCCUCUGGUCAAAGAAGAAGUCUUUUCCUUUGAGAAAUCGGCCAUUGACUCACGCCCCGAAUCCCCUAUGACGUCAGAACCACCAUCCCCUCCACCAGAUCUGCCAGCAGCUUUUUCACCCCAACCCCCAUCCUUACCCAGAAUAUUGUCACAGCAACCAUCUCCGCAACCAUUGUCUCCCAAUCCCCUAUCUCCGCUACCCCCAUCUCCGCAACCACCAUCCCCCCAGCCCCCUUCCUUAUCAAGAGGAUUGUCACAGGGACCCCCGUCUCCACAACCCCCCUUGUUACCCAGAUCAUUGUCAUCCCCCGUCUCCGCAACCCCCAUCCUUACCCCGAUCAUUGUCACUGCAGCCCCCAUCACCCCAGCCACCUGCCUUAUCAAGACGAUUGUCACAGCGACCAUCAUCACCGCACCCCCCCUCUUUACCCAGAUCAUUGUCACAGCGACCCCCGUCUCCCCAACCCCUAUCCUUACCCAGAUCAUUGUCACAGCGACCACCAUCACCGCAACCCCCAUCUUUACCCAGAUCAUUGUCACAGCGACCCCCGUCUCCGCAACCCCUAUCCUUACCCAGAUCAUUGUCACAGCGACCCCCGUCUCCGCAACCCCUAUCCUUACCCAGAUCAUUGUCACAGCGACCCCCGUCUCCGCAACCCCUAUCCUUACCCAGAUCAUUGUCACAGCAGCCCACAUCAUCCCAGCCCCCAUCCCUACCCAGAGAAUUCUCGUAUCAACCCCCGUCCCCUGAGCUGAUAGUUGAGACUGUUUCCGAACCCUUGUAUUCUCCUGGCAUCCAAUCUCCGCCCCAACACCUUUGGCCAAUACCACCCCAAAGACCGCCACAUGGGUUUGUCAGUGACGCACCCCCGGCUCCCAGUCCACCGCUUUCACUGAAAAGAAAGCUGAGCGUGCCGUCAUAUCACAGCUCUCCAGAACCAGAAGUUAAGAAAAUUCCACCCAUUAUUGUGUCAACAGCGGGGACCUCGAAAGGGGGAGCUGCUAUAUUGUCGCCAACUUCUGCUAAGCCUAGCCUGAAAACAACAUUCAACCUGAGUGCUGCUGGUGAGUUCAUUUAUUACAUAGGUUGACAUAGAUUGUUUGGUCAUUAUACUGAUAGCUGCUGGUGAGUUCAUUUAUUACAUAGGUUGACAUAGAAUGUUUGGUCAUUAUACUGAUAGUUGCUGGUGAGUUCAUUUAUUACAUAGGUUGACAUAGAUUGUUUGGUCAUUAUACUGAUAGUUGCUGGUGAGUUCAUUUAUUACAUAGGUUGACAUAGAUUGUUUGGUCAUUAUACUGAUAGCUGCUGGUGAGUUCAUUUAUUACAUAGGUUGACAUAGAAUGUUUGGUCAUUAUACUGAUAGUUGCUGGUGAGUUCAUUUAUUACAUAGGUUGACAUAGAUUGUUUGGUCAUUAUACUGAUAGUUGCUGGUGAGUUCAUUUAUUACAUAGGUUGACAUAGAUUGUUUGGUCAUUAUACUGAUAGCUGCUGGUGAGUUCAUUUAUUACAUAGGUUGACAUAGAAUGUUUGGUCAUUAUACUGAUAGCUGCUGGUGAGUUCAUUUAUUACAUAGGUUGACAUAGAUUGUUUUAUAGAUUGUUUGGUCAUUAUACUGAUAGCUGCUGGUGAGUUCAUUUAUUACAUAGGUUGACAUAGAAUGUUUGGUCAUUAUACUGAUAGCUGCUGGUGAGUUCAUUUAUUACAUAGGUUGACAUAGAAUGUUUGGUCAUUAUACUGAUAGCUGCUGGUGAGUUCAUUUAUUACAUAGGUUGACAUAGAUUGUUUGGUCAUUAUACUGAUAGCUGCUGGUGAGUUCAUUUAUUACAUAGGUUGACAUAGAUUGUUUGGUCAUUAUACUGAUAGCUGCUGGUGAGUUCAUUUAUUACAUAGGUUGACAUAGAAUGUUUGGUCAUUAUACUGAUAGCUGCUGGUGAGUUUUUUCAAUAUGUAGGUUGACAUAGAAUGUUUGGUCAUUAUACUGAUAGCUGCUGGUGAGUUCAUUUAUUACAUAGGUUGACAUAGAAUGUUUGGUCAUUAUACUGAUAGCUGCUGGUGAGUUCUUUCAAUACAUUGAUUGACCCAAUGUUUGUUCAUUUUAUCCCACUGAUGAUACAAGUCUACACAUUGAAGGGUUUGUCCUAAGCCAGCUAUUUAAACCCCUGACAUGUCUCAUAGAUAGAACAACUCACUGCCCCUUUUAAAACACAGCCGUUGGGUCCCACAUGUAAUUUAAGGCUCACAAAUAACCAUUUGACAGGUUAGCCUGGUUUAAAUCAGAGAAAGAGAAUGUCACAGGUUGGCCUGCUUUAAAUCAGAGAAAAAGAUUGUCAUAGGUUGGCCUACUUUAAGUCAGAGAAAAAUUGAUGGUGACCUAUUUUUUGGGGCAUCAUUUGGGGCAUCAUUAGGAUGAUGCCUUUACUGGCAAUCCUCUAUCUACUGGUACAUUAUUGAUUGAGGGUACAUUAUUGAUUGAGGGUACAUUAUUGAUUGAGAUAACCAAUGUUUCAUCUAUGCUCCCCUUCAUUAUCUCUUAAUAAAUUUAUAUUUUUUAAGGGUACUGGGGACCGGGGGUUGGGGAGGUUUGAAGGGGGAAUCAGUGACCUAGAACAAAGGGACACAAUUAGUUGCAUCUGGUGUCGUCCAAGUUCUUUUUAGCUCCUUUAUAUCUGAAAAAGUUUUUCUCCAAAGAAAAUGACAUGACGUAUUAUGUACCCUGCUUCUCCCUCUGUGUGCCACUAUGAGCUAGGCUGAGAAGCACUGAUGACGAAUCCCUACACUGGGAACACAUGAAUAUUUGAGCGAGUCGUUUGUGUCUAACAGUUUUCUGUUGUUUGUAUUGCUUCCAGUGGCUGCCAGCGAGGCCAGGGAGAGAGAGCGGUCACACCACAAGUCCAAGAAGAAGAAGAAGAAGAAUAAACACAAGCACAAACACAAGCACAAACACGACCGUGGCGACAGGUCGGACCGACACAGAGAGAGGCUGGUCUUGGAUCUGUCCAGGGGGAGCAGAGACUCGCCAUCCACUCAACCUGCCGACGAGUUUGGUGCCGGAGCCAGCUCUUCUGAAUGAUUCUGAUGUCAGCUUUGCAACCGCUGCCCAACCACUUUAUGAACAUCAGUGUUUCUCAAAUUAUUUGUUAUCUGAGGCAAAUGUUAAUCUUUAAAACUGCAGCAUUUGUUUCUAAGAAAAAUGUGGGAAUUAUUCAUUUAACAAGAACAGUUUUUUUGAGAACCAUCUUUAUUCGAAAUAGGUGGGUAAUUUUCUGGACAUGGUGUUAAUAACACCAUCUUUCAAGGGCCAUCAGGUUGUUGUUGUUGUUGUUUGUUGUUGUUGUUUGUUCUCACUUCUGGAUUAAAUAUUGAACAUCUCAUAUUUAUCUCAUUUGUAUAUUAGUGUAUCUACUUUUAACUUUCAUAAAUCAGAGAAGAAAUCAUUUGAAUUGCAUAAUCAAACUAUAGAAAUGUAUGUACACCAGGAUGAUAAACAAACUAUAGAAAAAAAAUGUACAUCUGGUUGAUAACCUAACUAUAGAAAUAUAUGUACACCUGGUUGAUAAACUGUAGAAAUUUAUGUACUCCUGGUCCAUAUGAAUUAAUUUGAAAGUUGGUAGAAAUGAGCUUAAAAUCUGAAUUCAGUCACUGAAAUUUUUGUGGAGGCAGAUGAAGAAAUUUCAGACCUUAAUUUGAGAACCACUGAUGCAGAUAAAUAACUGUCUUGUGAGCUCCUCCAACUGGCUCUUGUAGUCAAUGCAAAAUGAUGCCAAUUAAUUUUGUUUAGAAAUACAAAUGCUAAGAAUAAAAUGAUUUUUGUUUUUUUUAAUGUGAGGAAGAAUACAAAUUCUUGGUGAAUCUGGACAUCAGAGCAAUCCAACCAGCUCCACAAUAGCAACGUUUAACUAGCAGCUUGGUGUCCAACAAUCCACUUCUUAGCACCGCUACAAUCACAUUACCAGCUAUAUUUGUAACAAGUAGCUUGAAGUAGCUUGAAGUCUUACAGUUCAGAUCUUAGCACCACUACAAUCACAUUGCCACUACUAUCAUACCAUCAAUACCUUCAUGACUACACCAUCAUGACUACACCAUCAACACUCUGAGAAUACCUACAAAUGUAAAUUUUGUACAAAUAGCCCCAAGAGUUCACAUUGUUGGGUUGAGGCCAAUUUGUUCUGCUGCUACCAAUAACUUGAUGUACAAUGCAGCACUUAGAUUUGUCUUUUUGUUGUUUCUUUCUUUUUGUUGUGAUGGUUUCUUACAAAAU